UUGAAGCUCACCUGGACACUCUGAUCAACGAACAGGCUUCGUUUGUUCUGACCCGUGCUGGACUGAGCUACAUCUACAGCUGUGUACAGCAGCACAGCCCAGAACAGGGGCCUCUGUCUAACCUCCCCAGUAUGGACAGCUCCUCUCUGAAAGCAGCCAUGACCCAGUUUGAUCGUUACCUGUCUUCUCCUGAUACCAUGGUGAUGCCUCAACUCAACUUCCUCCUCAGUGCUGCCAUCAAAGACCAGAUCUUCAACCAGUCGACAGAGCUGGUGUGCAGGGCGUAUGGAGAGGUGUACACAGCCGUGACCAGCCCAGCCAACAGCUACAAGGAACCAGACAACCUGGUACCACGGUCUCCUCAGCAGGUCCAGGCUCUGCUGUCCUAACACACCUGGUCUAACCAGAGUUCACCUGGUCUCACCUAGGCUCUACAUGUCUCUCUGGACCACCUGAAGCCACGCACACAGCGGUGAAGGAAGAAAGCCCAAUGGCUUUGUGAAGUGGACCGUUAUAUGAAAUUAUUGUUUGUUAAGUUACAACCUGUAUAUGUAAAUAUAACUGGGAAUAAAUGAGGUUUAACAGGAA